AUCUUACAUGCAGGAUUAGUCAUGAAAUUAUUACACCAAACAUGUUUAACAAUUUUUCCAUGCCAACACGUCAGGGCUAAAGCCCAAGAUCUUUUACCUAACAGGGAUCCUGUGCCCUGAGGAAGCUCUUUCCUGGACAAUGGGCACAUCUUGUGUAAGCUGGGGUGGGCGUAACAAGAUGGUGGCCUUGGGGCGCUGUCUAGGGUCCCUGUAACUGGAGAGGGAGUCAGCAGUGGCUGUGAUUUUGCUGUGCUCUUUGCACUCACUUUUCAACCUGUGAUGAUGUCACUGAGAAAGCCGGGUAGCAGCGGCCGCCCAGAAAUACGCUGCCCAACCUAGUGACAGUCAAACAUGUCACAAAUGGUGGCCAGCAGAAGAACCUGCCUGCACUGCAUGACUGUGUUCCCAUUGGCGGAUUCUCUGCCCUGGGAAGCAGGUAAGGUUGAAGUUGUCCCUGCAUUGUGGACGAGCUCCUGAGGCUGCGGUCCGUCCCCCACCCCAACUCCGCCUUCCACCCGGAAGUGUGGGGGCCUGGCCUCAGUCUCCAUCUUUAUCUCAGGAUGGCGAGCAGCAGCAGCGACUCCAGGCCUGUGUUAGUUGUCGGUGGGAAGUAUAAACUGGUAAGGAAGAUCGGGUCUGGCUCCUUCGGGGACAUUUAUCUGGCGGUUAACAGCACCAACGGUGAGGAAGUGGCGGUGAAGCUGGAAUCGCGGAAGGCCAGCCAUUCCCAGUUGCUGUACGAGAGCAAGGUCUAUAGGAUCCUUCAGGGUGGGGUCGGCAUCCCCCACAUGCGGUGGUAUGGUCAGGAGAAAGACUACAAUGCCCUGGUCUUGGAUCUUUUGGGGCCCAGCCUCCAGGAUCUCUUCACGUUCUGUUCAAGAAAGUUCACAAUGAAAACCGUGCUUAUGUUGGCUGACCAGAUGAUCAGUAGACUUGAAUAUAUGCACACAAAGAAUUUCAUACACAGAGACAUUAAGCCGGAUAAUUUCCUCAUGGGCAUUGGACGUCACUGUAACAAAUUAUUCCUGAUUGAUUUUGGUUUGUCCAAAAAGUACCGAGACAACAGGACCAGGCAACACAUCCCAUACAGAGAAAAUAAAACCUUCACAGGCACGGCCCGAUACGCCAGCAUCAACGCCCAUCUCGGUAUUGAGCAGAGUCGCCGAGAUGACAUGGAGUCGCUAGGAUAUGUUUUGAUGUAUUUCAAUAGAACUAGCCUGCCAUGGCAGGGGCUAAAGGCCGCAACAAAGAAACAGAAAUACGAAAAGAUCAGCGAAAAGAAGAUGUCCACUCCUGUUGAAAUUUUAUGUAAGGGGUUUCCUUCAGAAUUUUCGAUAUACUUGAACUACUGUCGCGGUCUGCGCUUUGAGGAAGUCCCUGACUACAUGUAUCUGAGGCAGCUAUUCCGCAUCCUUUUCAGGAACCUGAACCACCAUUAUGAUUACACCUUUGAUUGGACAGCAUUGAAGCACAAUGUAGCGUAGCAUGUGGCCUCUGCGGUGGGGAGGUGUCAGCAGACACAAGAACACCAGUUUCUAAGCAUGAGUUGUGGAACAGAACAAGUGGAACAGUUGAACAAAACAGCAUUUAUUUCUUCCUGUAUCCAGACAUUUUAGUUUAUGACGCUAGCCAGUGCUUAUGGACAACCACUUCCUUGUUCUAAAAAAUUUAAUUUCAGUUUUAACUGAUUCUGGGUAGCAUUAUGAUUUUGUAUAUUGAAUUGUGGCACUGUAAUUGUGAAUAUUAAGUGAGAUAGUGAAACAGGGUGUCUGGCUAUCUGUCACAUAUUGUUCAAGUAAAAAAGAUGACUAUAUGACUAACACAAAUAGCGAAAUUCUGCAUACGUAUUUCGUUUUGGUUCAAACCUUUUAUUUUGACCUACACUGCUUUGAAAUCUCAUUUCAGAAGAAUGGCACAGUCUUCUGUCAUACUUGUGAUGUUUGGGAAUUCUUACAAUGGUACAUUCUUGGUUUUUUUUUUUUUCCACUCCUGGAACUUGCAAGCUGUUUCUUUGAAACAUCCUUAAAAUGAAUGGCUUCAGGUAUGCCAGCCAACCAAUGAUACUUGAGUGUAUAUAGUUCUAUGCUAGAAAUUACAGUAUCUAAAGAUUUAAGAAAAUCCCAGUGACACUUAGGACUCUGCACUACUUGCGUAAUUUCAUUCUCAUUACUUUGAAAAGCAGCACUAUCCCCGAAAAUUACUUAACAUCUUACAACUGAGUAUGCAUAUUACUUAGAUAAAUGUAGUUACUGUGGACAUCUGUAUUA